ACGUAAAAAUUAACCAAAAAAAAAAAACAGACCUUGAGCUUUCAGAUCUCUAAUGGGGACUCCGAGACCGGCGACGUCGCCCACGACGACGGCGGUGGCCACGGCAGCACCGCCACUUCCUCAUGACUCCUGGGACUGCAUGCUCCCUGGUCCACCGAGCCGAAGCAACUUUGGAUCCGCUGAUUUGAGCUCUUCCGGUCUCAUUGCCUUCGCCGCCGGAAGCUCCAUCUCCGUCGUUGACUCUCGAUCUAUGCAGCUCGUUGCCACUGUCCCAAUGCCUCCUCCGGCUUCCAAUUCUUCUUCUUCGCUCUCCCCGUUCGUUACAUCCAUACGAUGGACCCCAAUGCCUCUUCGGCGCGACCUUCUCACUACUGAGCCCUCCAGUUCUCACCUUUUCCUCGCUGCUGCCGAUCGCCAGGGUCGAAUUGCUCUCAUCGAUCUUAGACUCAGGUCGCCGGUUCUCUGGUUUGAAUCGGACACCGCUCGGCUUAGCGUCCAGGAUCUAUGUUGGGUUCAGGCGCGACCCGAAUCAUAUCUUCUCGCUGCUAUCUCUGGUCCAUCGUCCCUCUCUCUAUACAACACCACCACCGGUCGUUGCGUCUGGAAGUACGAUGCCAGCCCUGAAUUUCUGUCCUGCAUUCGCCGUGAUCCUUUUGAUGCUCGCCGUUUUUGCGUUAUGGGACUCAAAGGGUUCCUCUUGUCGGUCAAGGUUCUUGGGGAGACCGAAAACGAUGUCGUUAUAAAGGAGUUUCAGAUUCGGACUGAUUGUACGGAAUUACAGAAGCUGGAGAGGGAUGCGGCUAAUGGGGGAACGUCGUCUUCGUCACCUGCCUCGGCGCUUUUUCCACUGUAUAUGGUGAAGUUCGCUUUUUCGCCUCAAUGUAGGCACAUUGUGUUCGUGACGUUUCCAAAAGAAUUGGUGGUGUUUGAUUUGCAGUACGAGACUGUGCUAUUUUCAACUGCCUUGCCUCGUGGUUGUGGCAAGUUUCUGGAUGUGUUGCCCGAUCCGAAUAAUGGGUUUCUCUAUUGUGCUCACCUUGAUGGGAAGCUCAGUACCUGGCGGCGAAAAGAAGAAGAACAGGUACACAUAAUGUGUGCAAUGGAAGAGUUGAUGCCGUCAUUAGGCACCUCUGUCCCUUCUCCUUCACUUCUUGCUGCCAUCAUCUGCCAGUCAGAUUCCACCCUUCAAAAAGUUGGGAAAAUUUAUUCUGAAAUACGUAAUUCUCAGGAUUUUGAUAGUCCGUUUGAUUUUUGUGAUGAACCUCCACCUGUUUCUAAGACCUGUUUGGUCUCUAUUUCUGAUGAUGGAAAAAUAUGGAACUGGCUACUGACUAUUGAAGGAGUGGAGGAUGCUCAGAAGGAAGACAGUAGCAUGGGCGUGGUUGCUGAUGUAAGUGAAGUGCCAUUCUUAGUGGAAAAUACUAAUGAUACAGUUUCAUCUGUUAAAGGAUCUGCUAGGGAAGCAGGAAAGCAAAAAGAGUAUGCGGCUGGUAACAGAAGCCGCCAUGCUAAGUCUACCAGCAAGCAAAUAGAUGUGUCAUUUAAGAUUAGCUUAGUUGGCCAGCUUCAGCUUCUUUCUUCACAAGUGACCAUGCUGGCUGUACCAUCGCCUUCUUUAACAGCUACCUUGGCUCGUGGGGGAAUAUAUCCAGCUGUAGCUGUUCCAUUGGUAGCUUUGGGAACUCAAAAUGGGACAAUUGAUGUCAUUGAUGUUUCAGCUAAUGCUGUUGCUGCAAGUUUCUCUGUUCAUCAUGGUAUGGUUAGGGGAUUACGAUGGCUUGGAAAUUCAAGGGUUGUUUCAUUUUCAUUUAGCCAGGUGAAUGAGAAAUCUGGAGGUUAUAUCAACAAGCUUGUUGUGACCUGUCUUAGAAGUGGCCUUAAUAGACCAUUCCGGGUACUACAAAAGCCAGAACGUGCACCCAUAAGAGCUCUAAGGGCCUCUUCCUCCGGCAGGUACCUUCUAAUUUUGUUUCGUGAUGCGCCGGUAGAAGUUUGGGCAAUGACUAAAAGUCCUAUAAUGCUUAGAUCAUUAGCACUUCCAUUUACGGUAUUGGAAUGGACCCUCCCAACAGCUCCACGGCCUAGUCAAACUGGACCUGCUAAGACAUCGUCAUUAUCCUCCAAAGAUCGUGCAUCUAGAGAAACAGAUGGGGCAUCUUCCCCAACAAAGGCUUCUUCAAGUGAUUACAAGAGCUCAGAUGGAUCUCAAGAUGAAACUUCUGAGAGCUUUGCAUUUGCACUGGUAAAUGGUGCUCUUGGAGUUUUUGAGGUUCAUGGGCGAAGGAUCCGUGACUUCAGGCCAAAAUGGCCUUCAUCUUCAUUUGUUUCAUCUGAUGGACUAAUAACAGCCAUGGCCUACCGCUUGCCUCACGUAGUUAUGGGAGAUAGGUCAGGAAGUAUUCGUUGGUGGGAUGUAACAACUGGACAGUCGUCUUCAUUCAACACUCAUAGAGAAGGAAUCCGACGAAUCAAAUUCUCCCCUGUUGUUGCUGGAGACCGAACCAGAGGGCGCAUUGCUGUGCUGUUUUAUGACAAUACAUUUUCUGUUUUCGAUCUUGACUCGCCAGAUCCAUUGGCAAAUUCUGUUUUACAGCCACAGUUUCCUGGAACUCUUGUUCUAGAACUUGAUUGGUUACCUCUACGAACAGAUAAAAAUGAUCCAUUGGUGCUUUGCAUUGCCGGAGCUGAUAGUAGCUUCCGUCUUCUUGAGGUUAAUGUAAUUGACAAAAGACUUGGUUAUGUGCCCCAACUGAGGUCUACAAAAGAACGGUUCCGGCCAAUGCCUUUGUGUUCUCCCAUACUACUGCCAACACCACAUGCCUUGGCAUUACGGAUGAUCUUGCAACUAGGUGUAAGACCCUCUUGGUUUAAUACCUGCAGUACAACUUUAGAAAAGAGACCUCACUUAAUUCCCGGAACUCCUUCAUCCACAGGAGACCUUCGAAAGUACUUGAUUGAUUUACCACCUAUUGGCGACCCUGUAGUGCCAGAGUUGCUACUUAAAAUAUUAGAACCUUAUCGGAAAGAAGGCUGCAUUCUUGAUGAUGAGAGGGCAAAAUUAUAUUCUAAAAUGGUCAACAGAGGUUGUGUUAUGAGGUUUGCUUUUGCUGCUGCCAUUUUUGGUGAAUCCUCUGAAGCACUUUUCUGGCUACAACUGUCGCGUGCUCUCAACCAUUUGAUGAUGAAGUUAGUAAAUAAGCCCCCCCAAAAAGCUCCAGCAUCAAUAUCUAAUCCUGAGCUUGAUGAUACAUCUAUCCUGAGUAGGAUAUCUUCAAAAGGGAAAUCAGUGCCUGGGGCAAAAAAGAAGGAUGCAUUGAGUCAAGGUAGCCUCAGCUUGAUGGCUUUUGAACAAGAAGAGUUGUGGGCAAAUGCCAAUGAGCGUAUCCAUUGGCAUGAGAAAUUGGAGGGAGAAGAGGCUGUUCAAAAUCGUGUACACGAGCUUGUGUCCGUUGGGAAUCUAGAAGCUGCAGUUAGUUUAUUGCUUUCAACUAAUCCUGAGAGCAAAUACUUUUAUGUGAACGCUCUACGUGCAGUUGCUCUUUCUUCUGCUGUUUCAAGUUCUCUUCUUGAACUUGCAGUAAAGGUUGUUGCAGCCAACAUGGUCCAGACUGACAGGUCACUGUCUGGCACUCAUCUUCUCUGUGCCGUUGGAAGGUAUCAAGAAGCUUGUUCUCAGCUUCAAGAUGCUGGUUGCUGGACUGAUGCUGCGACUUUAGCUGCUACUCAUCUAAAGGGGUCUGAUUAUGCAAGGGUAUUGCAAAGAUGGGCUGACCAUGUCCUUCACAUUGAACACAACUUAUGGAGGGCUCUGAUCUUGUAUGUUGCAGCUGGAGCACUGCCAGAGGCAUUGGCAGCUCUUCGUGAAUCACAACAACCCGACACAGCUGCCAUGUUUGUCCUUGCUUGCCGUGAAAUACACUCUGAAAUCAUCUCCGGUUUAGACUUGGAUGAUGAAACUAGUCCUACCAAAGAGAAACUGCUUAAGUUGCCUGGUUUGGACCCAGAGAAUGAAGAUGUAAUUGCAGUUUGUGAAUAUUAUGGACAAUAUCAAAGAAAAUUAGUGCAUCUAUGCAUGGACUCACAGCCGUUCUCAGAUUGAGCAUUGAGGACAUGGGGUUGGUCGCUGUUGUGUAUGUCAAGCGUAAUUAUUGUGCUUUCACAGUGAAAUUCAACAAACUCUUGCUCAAAUCAAAACAACAUUUGAAGGGGCUAUUUCUACAUUAAAAGGCUCUACAGUUUGGCUCAUGGGUGGAGAGCAAUUCAGAUUAGGGGUGGUUGACAAGACUAAAGAGAGUGUUUUUGGACAACUAAUAUUGAAAAAGAAGAUGCAAUAUAUGAUAUAAGCAUAUUCUUAGUAUUGUAUCUGCUUGUUUGCAAAAAAACGGCUGCCUGGCAAAAGUCGUUCGUUGAAGGCUGCAUCUUAAGCUGUGUUAUAUUAGCUAAUACAUCAAAUUUUGUCACAAGUAUAUGCUGAGUGUAGGAUAGAAGUGAUUUGUUUAUUCAUAGUUUCACAGGUUGACUGAUCACAUUCACAAUAAUUUUUUUUUCCCAUCUGCUUCUUGUGACAUUCCAUAAAACGUAUUGACAAUUGAAAAUUACAAUAUCAUCAUUCUAUUCCAUUUCUCAA